AGAUUGAGAUGCAACGGAGCAAGACGUGCGAGCCGCUGUGCAGGCGCACGUACAAGAACACGAACAAGAAGGACAUUUCCAAGUACAACAAGAUUGUCAUGGCUAUCCGCAAGGACUACAUGCACCACUGGAUCCUGGACAACCUCCCCAUUGUGGAGUGCACAUCAAACUGCAAGGGCGGGAUCCGGCCCGAGGACCAGCCGUACUACCGCCUUGGCUUCCCCGUCGGCUGCGCCAUUGGUGCCGCUGAGAAGUCGCUCACGGCAUGCACCCUUCGCAACAUCAACAACAUGUACCAGAAUGAGAUGUUCAUCAACAACCACGUCGACAUCAUCAUCCGCUACCACGAGUCCCCAGAGUUUGAGGGUGCGCGCGUGGUUGGCGUCGAGGUGCAGCCGCGGUCCAUCCGCCACGAAUCGCCCGAUGCGCUGGACUGCAGCCCGAACCGCCCCCCGCAGCCCUUCAAGCUGAAGAUGCCAACGAAGGACGCCACAGAGGAGGAGACGCUCGACUUAAUCUUCACAUAUGGCGUCUACUUUGAGGAGAGCGACAUCAAGUGGGCGUCGCGGUGGGACACGUAUCUUCGCUCGGCUGAGGGCGUGAGCAUCCAGUGGUUCUCCAUCAUCAACUCGCUGGUGAUUGUGCUGUUCCUCUCCGGCAUGCUUGGCAUCAUCCUUGUCCGCACCCUCUACAAGGACAUUGCCCGCUACAACCAGGCUGAGGAUCGGGAGGAUGCGCAGGAGGAAUUUGGGUGGAAGCUCAUCCACGGCGAUGUGUUCCGCACGCCAACCAACCCGCUCAUGCUCUCCGUGCUCGUCGGAUCCGGGGUCCAGUUCACCUGCAUGGUCGUCAUCACCCUCUUCUUCGCCUGCCUUGGCUUCCUUUCUCCAGCAACACGCGGUGGUCUGAUGACGGCGAUGGUGACGCUGUGGGUUUGCCUCGGCACCCCUUCUGGCUACGUCUCUGCCCGCAUGUACAAGAUGUUUGGCGGAGAGAAGUGGAAGACAAACACGAUUAUGACGGCGACGUUUGUACCUGGCGUCGUGUUCGGUCUCUUCUUCAUCCUCAACCUCCUGCUGUGGGCGGAGCACUCCUCUGCGGCGCUUCCGUUUGGAACGCUCGUCGUCCUCGCCGUCCUCUGGUUCUUCAUCUCCGUGCCCCUCACGUUCGUUGGUGCAUACUUUGGGUACAAGAAGGCCACCCUGGAGCACCCUGUGCGCAAGAAUCACAUUCCGCGGCAGAUUCCGCCGCAGCCGCUGUACACACGCACGCUGCCGGCCAUCCUCAUGGGCGGCAUCCUCCCCUUUGGCUGCAUCUUUAUCCAGCUCUUCUUCAUCCUCACAAGCAUCUGGGGCCACAAGCUGUACUACGUGUUUGGCUUCCUGUUCCUGGUAUUCCUCAUCCUCGUUGUCACCACCAUCGAGUCCACCAUCCUUCUCUGCUACUUCCACCUCUGUAGCGAGAACUACCACUGGUGGUGGCGCGCGUUCCUCACGGGCGGCGCCUCUGCCAUCUAUCUCCUCAUCUACGAAAUCAUCUUCUACUUCAGGCAAAUGGAGGUGGAUGGCAAAGCGAACCUGUUCCUGUAUCUUGGAUACUCAACCAUUGCCUCCUUCCUCUUCUUCCUCAUGACAGGCACCUUUGGCUUUGUCGGCUGCUUCUACUUCGUUCGCCGCAUCUAUGCUGUGAUCAAGGUGGACUAGAUGUCCAGAUCACACCACCACCGGUCUCCUUCACCCCACCACAACACGCCCAUGCCAGUGCACGUGUGCGAAGGUGUGCUGGUGUGGGCGAGUGUGUGCGUUUGUUUUUCCAGAACGCAAAACAUCAUCAUCAACAUGUGCCAGCAAGCAAGUUGCCAUGGCCUGACCAUGGUGUCUUUUAGGUGUUGUGUGUUGGGUUAUACGUGUGUGUACGUGUGUUUGUGUUAGUGUUUGUGCGUGUGUGUGCUCUUGUUCUUCCAACUGUUGUGUGUGUGUUUGUGCGUAUGCGUGUGCGUGUGGUACCUUCCUUUGGUGUCUUAAAGCACAUGCACAUGUGUGUGAUCUUGCGCUUUUCAGGUGACAAUAAAACGUGCGCUCGUGUGCUCCUCGUGCUGCUCACGGGGUUUAUCAGUUGCAAAAACACGCACAUAUGAAGUCAAUGAAAACAAACGCUC